AACCAUUCGCCCCGAUCGCGCAGCUAUCGAAUUAUCAUUACAGGGGACUCCGCUUAACGAGGACAGCGCAAAAUCACCAUGGCGAGUUAUUACUACUUCGACAUUAAACUCAAACUUCGGGAUCCAGAUGCUGUUGUUUUGACUCCGUCUUUAUUUCGAAACUGUGUUCUUGAUGCCUUUGAGAGUUUCUUCUGUGAGGAAAAAACUACACUUGAAAUCGUAAAGUUCUGCGCCCAACAGCAACGCGUUAUUUUCCGGGUACCUGAAGAUACAUUUGAAAUGAUACGCAUCUCCCUGGAACUAAUAGGACACUACCAGGAGAUGCCCUGUCAUUUCAAGAUCCUACAGGCCUCUAAGUCAACAUUAGACUUUGAGAAAGACAUUGAGAAGAAUUUGGUAGGGUUGUCCGAUACUGAGGAUUAGCCUUUAAGUAAUAUGUAGCUGCUUAGAUAUUUUAACUAUAUAUCUAUUAUUGCUUCAAUGAUUAAAUCUUUUGUAACGGUUAUGAAAAGUUUGAAUAUCAAA